AUGGGCAUCCUAGGUCUCGGCCAGGCCAGCACGAUCCCCAUCCGUCGCCAGCUGACCGAUAUCUUUGCCAACGAGGCGCCGGCUGGCCAGGAGGACGUCGACUCUGGAUUCGGGGACUUCGCCAGCGGUAGGGGGAGUGCGCUGUUCGGGAACGUAGGAACGACGUGCGUUGUUGGGGGAGAAGAAGGUGAAUGUGACAGGUUCGGGCGAUGCACCCAGUUCAUCCCCCCAAACGAGAUCAGCGUCCUCAACCGGGGACGGACAGUGGAUGUCUGCACUGCCGGUGGACAGGUCGCACAAGCCGUCGGCGCCGCAGAAAUCAGCGUCCCAGUUGCAACAAGAUCUCCGGCAGCAGAUGUUGUACCGGCAGCAGAAGCCGGCGCAGAGGAAGGGGUAUCCAGAUGGACAGGAAACCGCAGCAGCAUUGCUGUCGCCAGCGCGGGCAACCGCGCUUCCCUCGUCACUCGGAGAGGGUUCGAAGAGCUCGUUAGGGAUACGGCUGGUGUCUAUUGUCUUGAGUUGAGCGGAGCCGAGAAGAGGGAGGAGAGAAACGAGGACUAG